AUGCGCGGCGCUCCGCCGAGCUCGCCGGACCGCGUCGGGCGCGUGGCCCAGGCCGCGCGGUGCGGCUGCUGGAUGCCGGCCAUCAGAGCUGCGAUGCAUCUCCGGUCCCUCCCCCCGGCGAAGGCGCUUCCUUCGCCAUGCUCCAUCGGGGUGGCCAGCUUCAUCGCCACGCGCAGCCCGGGGUCGCCAUCCUCGACAGAGCGCCCUCCUCUGCGGCUCCGCUCCGUCCUGGCCGUGUCCUACGACAUGCUCGCCGGGAAUAAUUUUCAUGAAAUGAAUAGCCUGUGGUCAACUAAAAUGUGCUUUUUCUCAUUUGCUAUCAUAGUUAUUUCUGCCAGUAGUUGUAGUGAAGACAUUGACUUGGUGAAGAAGUACUCUGAGUUCUGUUCAUCAGUUUCCCCAUUUACUUUGUGCGCAAACAAGACGUUUUGGGUGAAGAUUAAGUUGGACACGGAGAACAAGAUUCUGUCCAUUCGGGUUAGGGGUGUUGGUAUGACCAAGGAUGAUCUGAUUAAGAACCUUGAAACCAUUGUGAAAUCUGGAACUUCAGGAUGCCCUGUUCUUGGACCGGUGGUGGUAGGUAGCUCUGCUGGGGCGCGGAGCCGGAGUGGUGGUGUACGUGCUGCUCCCUUAGGUGGCCCUGGUGAAGUGAACGUGGUCGAGGCUUUGGCGGCCGGCCAGAUGGACAUGAUCUUUUCAAUUUUGGGUCAUGAACGGAAGCCCCUGCCGCGUUGGUGGAAGGAACCAAAGAAGCUUGUGGAUGCUCGCGCGCGCGACGGAGAAAUGCGCGUCUUUGCUGAGCGACACGCCGCCGGCGAUCCUCCUCCACCCUGCCGAUUUCCCGAAUCCACCUCCGCCACUCCUCCUAUAGACCUCCACGCGCCGCCACUUCCCCGAUUCCGCCACUACACCACAACGCCGAUGUCGCGCCUCUGCCCCCUCCGUCGCAGCUCCUCCUCCACUUCCACCUCGCCGCCAUCACGUUCCUGGUCACCUCACGCCGCCUUUGCGGCGGCCACGGACCGUGCCCGCGCCGGAACGCUCAGCCAGGAGGAUGCACACAGCCUGUUCGACGAAUUGCUGCGCCAAGCCACCCCGGUCCCCGAGCGCUCCCUCAACGACUUCCUUGCUGCGCUCGCACGUGCUCCGUCCUACGACGACCGCAGAAGCGGCCCCGCUCUUGCCGUCGCUCUCUUCAACCGUGUGUGCCGAGAAGAUGCCGGCCUGCAGGUGGCGCCGCCCACAGUCUGCACCUUUGCCAUCCUCAUGGACUGCUGCUGCCGCGCACGUCGACCGGACCUUGGGCUUGCCUUAUUCGGCCGUGUCCUCAAAAUAGGUCUGAAGACAAACCAGAUCAUCGCCAACACCUUCCUCAAGUGCUUCUGCGAUGCAAAACGGACAGAUGAGGCUGUGGACGUACUGCUUCAUAGGAUGUCUGAGCUGGGUUGCGUCCCCAAUGUUAUCUCAUACAACAUAGUUCUGAAGAGGUUAUGUGAAGAUAGAAGGAGCCAGCAAGCACUUGACCUGCUCCUUACGCUGGCAAGAGAAGGAGGUGGCUGUUCCCCCGACGUGGUGUCAUACAGCACGGUCAUCCAUGGCUUCUUUAGGGAGGGUGAGAUAGGCAAAGCAUGCAAUCUCUUCCAUGAAAUGGUGCGGCAAGGAGUUGUGCCCAGUGUGGCGACAUACAACUCGGUUAUUGAUGCAUUGUGCAAGGCCAGAGCAAUGGACAAGGCAGAGCUAAUCCUUCGGCAGAUGGCUGAUAAUGGUGUUCGGCCGAAUAAUGUGACAUACAAUUGCAUAAUCCAUGGAUAUUCCACAUCAAAGCGGUGGAAAGAGGCAGCUAAAAUGUUCAAAGAAAUGACAAGCCUGGGUCUUGUACCAAAUAUUAUUACUUGCAACUCGUUCAUGGUCUCCCUUUGCAAGCAUGGAAGAAGCAAAGAAGCUGCAGAAAUUUUUAAUUCCACGGCUGCCAAGGGACACAAACCUGAUAUCAUCUCGUACUCUAUUUUGCUACAUGGAUAUGCCAGUGAAGGUUGCUUCGCUGAUAUGAUCAAUCUCUUUAACUCAAUGAAAGACAACGAUAUUGUACCCAACUGCCAUGUUUUCAGCAUAUUAAUUGGUGCAUAUGCUAGGUGUGGAAUGAUGGAUGAAGCGAUGCUCAUUUUUGCAGAAAUGCAGGAACAAGGAGUGACUCCGAAUGUAGUCACCUAUUCAACUGUAAUAGCAGCACUUUGUAGAAUGGGUAGGCUGGCCGAUGCUGUUGACAAAUUCAAUGAGAUGAUUGCUGUGGGAAUACAACCUAACAAUGCUGUUUAUCAGUCCCUAAUUCAGGGUUGUUGUAUACAUGGUGAUCUGGUUAAAGCUAAAGAGUUGGUUUCUCAAAUGAUGAACAAAGGUAUCCCUCGUCCUAACAUCGUCUUCUUCAAUUCAGUAAUAAACAGUCUAUGCAAAGAAGGAAGGGUUGUGGAUGCACAAGAUAUAUUUGACUUAGUUAUACACAUUGGUGAGACGCCGGAUGUCAUUACUUUUAAUUCACUGAUUGACGGGUAUGGCUUAGUCGGCAAGAUGGAUACAGCACUUGGAAUACUUGAUGCCAUGGUAUCAGCAGCUGUUCAGCCUGAUGUUGUUACAUAUAGUACACUUGUGAAUGGAUAUUUUAUAAAUGGAAGGGUCGAUGAUGCUUUGGCUCUAUUCGCAGAAAUGCUGCAUAAGGGAGUUAAACCUACAACUGUCACAUAUGCCAUCAUAUUGGAUGGGUUAUUUCGUGCUGGGAGAACUGAUGAUGCAAAGAAAAGGUUCCGUGAGAUGAUCCAAAGUGGAAUAACUGUCAACAUUUCCAUAUACAAUAUAAUUCUUGGAGGGCUUUGCAGAAAUAAUUGUGCCGGCGAAGCAAUCACGUUGUUCCAUAAAUUAGGUGAAAUGAAUGUGAAGUUUGAUAUCAAAACACUCAAUAUCAUGAUCGAUGCAAUGUACAAGCUUCAGAGAAGAGAAGAAGCUAAAAAAUUGUUUGCUGCAAUAUCAAACAGUGGGUUGGUACCUAAUGCCUUUACUUACAGCAUAGUGAUAAAAAAUCUUCUAAAAGAAGGAUCACUGGAAGAAGCUGACAAUAUAUUUUCAUCAAUGGAGAAGAUUGGUUGUGCUCCGAGCUCCUGUCUUAUAAAUGAUAUCAUUAGAAUGUUGUUGGAAAAUGGCAAGAUUGCCAAGGCCGGAGAUUAUUUGUCUAAAGUUGAUGGGAAGAGCAUCUCACUUGAAGCUUCAACUACUUCAUUGAUGCUGUCUCUCUUUUCAACGAAUGGGAAAUAUCGGGAGGAUAUGAAAUUGCUCCCUGCAAAGUACCAAAUCUUCGAUGGACUUGGUUGAGUAGUUGAGUGAUCGCAUAUGAGACCACCUCAUGACAAAGCACGUGGAUUUUUUUUCCUCACAUAAAGCCCUCCUGCCAGCAUAAGAAAUCCAAAUUGUCUGCUUGGACCAACACAAAUACACCAAGUUUGCAUAGGAGACGGGGUCAAAGCAUUUGCAUGAUGAGAAUGUCUUGCUCUUGUACACAUGCAGUGUGCAUUACUCUCCAUUUUUUAUAUCUGGUACCUGAAUUCCACGUCGGUGCUGCUAUGCCUCGGUAAGGGUUCCAAGAAUCGAAGUUUUGACCUUGACCUUCACCAUUCGAUCUUCCCACGAAAGUUUUCUGAGAUUCGUCAAAAUUUGGAUGUAUCUUGAUACACCCAAAUUUGUCAAAUCUGAGACAAGUUUGAUGAGAGAGAGGUAGUAAGCAACAACUGUGUUUCAAGUGUAAACUUCCAUGUAAAUUGAUAUUUAAAAAUUUGUUCUGGCAUCAUUUGUGAUCAUGGCCUAGUUUAUUAAACCCAUUGACAUGGAUAUACAUAUUAGAUAUCCAUCCGUCGAGACAGCUAUGAAUAGCAUCAUGUGAAUACUGAAAAAAGUUAU